GUGUGUGUGUGUGUGUGUGUGUGUGUAAUAAAGCAAAGCAGAUGCUUUCUGUAAUGGCAGACUUUAGAUUUGAUAUCUGGAUGGAUAAAAAGUGAGUAGAAGUCAGCUGUGUGUGCUGCUGGUGUCAGGUUUGUGUGCAGCACUGUCUUCAUCCCCCCACCUGAUGUCGCAGUUUUCCACUUGAUUGAAAUCUACCAGGCUAAACACUGUGCCUUGGUGUUUAUGUUUACAUCCCUUAUCUGCACCUGAAACUGAUCUCAUCAUCCCAAGUGAUCAUAUUGCUUCUGCAUCAAAAAAAAAAGUCUCAUCAGUGCUACUUAAGGCUUUCUAAAUCCAGGUACUUUAAAAGCACAUGUGCUGCCUGAUGCAGAAUGGCUCCUCUCUAUAAUCUCUUUAUGAUCUAGAUAUACAGUGUAUACUAGCUGCAAGUCAUAAAUUAGUUUUAUGGAUUAUAGUGUUGAAAUUUGCUGGAGUAUUAGGAAUACUCUUUAAGCAAUAUAUUUGUGCUCAUGGUUGUCUCAAUGUUCAGACGUAUGAAUUGAAUUGAAUGGUGUGAACUAUACACGGACUACAUUCCUAGUGAAACAACAAGAAAUUUCAAAUAAUUCUCGAUUUGUUUAAUAAUCUCAGUCAGUCUGAGCUGGAAAGCACUAGAGCUCGUCAUCUACUGCCGCGUGUGAACUCGAAAACCAGACGCACCUGCGCGACACGAUGCUGACCUAAUUCAUGAUUGGUUGCUUUGCACGGGGCGGGGCUUAACAGCAUAAUACUACAACAUGAUUCGUCAUGUAUUGCUUUCCAUCAGGAAACGUAGCUGACGGAGCGUACCUGACACUAAGCGAUGUCUAUGGCCAGCUGUUGGGAAGUGGUCCUGUCCGCCAUCCUGUAGUAACGUGGCCAGUAACGAUACACCUCCAUACGUGCCGCGUCACUACGAGGCUCUUUAGGAAGAAUAAGCAUUGUUAAAGACUAGCAGCAUUUAAACAGAGCUGUUUCCUUCCAGCCACAUCGACAGUGGGAUCAGAGCAGGCGCGGUGCUCCGAUAUACGCCACGCUCAUUCUCUGGACUCUGGCUGAAGAAAGACACGGUACCUUCAACGGGUGAGUUGGGGAAAAGGAAAAAAAAAAACAACAACAAAAAAACAAGCCAAUAAAGCACACGUUAAAACACACGGCGACGGCAGGACUUGAGGACGCAGGAGGCAGGGAGAAAGAAGGUGCCAUUUGCCCGCUUGUCAAUAUCGCGCCUGCGCCAUUGCUUUGAAAACAUCCUUCAGUACGAGAUGCUGUUCAUUCUGUCAGCUCUCGGGGAUGGCUGAGACGUCGUGUGUGUCAGUGACCAGCUGAGGUCUGCUGAGAGCUCGCUCUACUCAUCUGGCUGAGAGCAUGUACAGGAAGAAUGGACUCCCUGUCAGUGUCAGCAUCACCUCUGCCACCCAGGACAGCAGUAGUUCUGAGUCUUUGGACUGGCAGAGUUUGGACUCUGCUAAAAGCUAUGACGCGGUGGUGUUUGACGUGCUCAAAGUGACACCCGAGGAGUUUGCUGGCCAGAUCACUUUGAUGGAUGCUCCUGUAUUCAAAGCAAUACAACCUGAGGAGUUGGCCAGCUGUGGAUGGAAUAAGAAGGAAAAGCACAACCUUGCACCCAAUGUGGUGGCCUUCACCCGGAGGUUCAACCAGGUUAGUUUCUGGGUGGUGAGAGAGAUCCUGACAGCACAGACUCUGAAGAUCCGUGCCGAAAUUUUGAGCCACUUCAUCAAAAUCGCUAAGAAGCUGCUGGAGCUGAAUAACCUGCACUCCCUGGUGUCUGUGGUGUCGGCCUUACAGAGCGCACCGAUCUUCAGAUUGAGCAAGACUUGGACACUCAUCAGUCGAAAGGACAAGGCCACUUUUGAGAAGCUGGACUUCUUGACAUCAAAAGAGGAGAACUACACCCGGAUGAGAGAGCACAUCAAGUCCCUCAAAAUGGUUCCCUGCAUCCCUUACCUGGGAAUUUAUUUGUUUGAUAUGACCUAUAUUGACUCUGCCUACCCAGCCACCGACAGCAUCAUAGAGACUGAGCAGAGGACCAAUCAGAUGAACAAUCUUCUCCGGGUCAUCUCUGACCUUCAGGUGUCCUGUAACUACGAUCACUUGCUGACGUUACCACAUGUACAGAAGUACCUGAUGUCAGUGCGCUACAUUGAGGAACUGCAAAAAUUUGUGGAGGAUGAUAAUUACACGUUGUCUCUGAGGAUUGAACCUGGGAGCAAUUCGCCUCGUCUGGUAUCUUCCAAGGAAGACCUUGGAGGACCAUCGGAAGAGUCAUUCUCAGUGAAAUACAACCGGAGACCAACCUGUCCCGAUACCUCCGUUGUAUCCCAUCUGCCUACACCCCCACCAGCCCGGCACAGAAAGAGCCACAGCCUGGGAAAUAACAUGAUGUGCCAGUUUGGAGUAGCAGAGAGUAAGAGUGCAACGUUUUCUGUGAAGGAAAAGGCUCGUCAUCUACUGGACGACAGCUUUUUAGAGUCACACAGCCCUGUCAGGAAUCACACGCAUGACUCUGUCUUCACCAACGGCAUCUCAUUAGGUAGUAGAGAAAGCUUCUUCAGUGAUGAGUUGUCAUCUGCUGCUGAAAGAGGUCGUAUGUAUGCUACUCUUGGCCCAAAUUGGAGGGUUCCAGUCCGUAACUCUCCUAGGAGCAGAAGCUAUGUUUACAGUUUGUUGUUUCCUUGGCCCAGUGCCCCAGGGGCCGUGUCCAGUUAUGAGUGCAGCUCGCUAAGCAGUAUCACCAUUGAAGGGCCUCUGCGGAGAAAGACUGUGAUGAAAGAGGGCAAGAAGCCUACAUUGUCAUCAUGGAAGCGUUACUGGAUUGUUCUUUCCGGCUCAACUCUAAUAUACUUUGGCUCUAAAGCUUUAAGAGCAAAUGAAAGGAGACAUUACAAAUCCAGGCCUUGUAAGAAGAUCUCAUUAACAGGCUGGAUAGUGGUGCUUCCUGAUGACCCUGAGCAUCCAAACAUUUUUCAGCUCAAUGACCCUGAUAAAGGUAAUGUUUACAAGUUCCAGACUGGAUCUCGCUUCUCUGCAAUCAUCUGGCAUAAGCACCUGGCUGAGGCCUGCCGGUGUAUAAGGCCACAGGUACCAGCCAACUUAAUGUCUUUUGAAUAGCUGCCACCUUGUGAAGGACAAAACUGGGCCAGUAACAAGGAUGUUCAAAAACUUGAACAUAAAGUCAAGUUUAAAGACCUGUGGUGUUAUGGUGAUCAUAUUUUGCCUUGUAUUAAUACAACAGCCCUGUUGAUCAGGGUGCAGUAUAUGUGGACUUUCACUUUGUGGGUUCUGUGCAAUUUAGGAGUGUCCUAGAGAAAAUAUGCCGAAGAAGAACAGGAAAAAUAAAGAGAGCAUAAUGAUACCAAAAAUGUCAUAUUCUGAGAGGAACACUGUAGCUUAUGGAGAAUCUCUUUUAACCGUUACAGGACGGAAACUGCAGCGAAUAUAAUUACAGACCAGGGAGAAUGUCAGUUGUUGCAAUUUCUGCCGGAAUCUAAAGUCAAGUUUGCACUCAAGACUAUGAAGAAGGCUAAGGUUUAUACCCAAAAUAUCCUCAUGUAUUAACUUGUAUUAACCUGAAAGAAAUUCUGCUCUUUUCCAAAAAGAGAUUAAUUCAAAGCUGGUUUAUUCCAUUUAAGGAACAAGAAAAAAAUUGCCCAGAUUUGUUAAAAAAAAAAAAAAGAAAAGAAAAAAAAAAGAAAUGUAUUUUAAAUAUCUUCCUAAAUCCAGCAAAGGAAGGGUUGUGCUUCAAUCCUGUCUGUAAAUUUACCAUUGCUAAAACUAUUCUCUUUUGUGGACUACUUAUUGUGGACACAAUAUUGGGGGGUGGGGGGUUUGACAUAUAAAAUAAUAUGUCACGUUUGUUAAAUAUUGUACAUAUACCCUUGUUAAAUAUUGUACAUGCAUAUUACUCUGUGUGAAAGAUGUCAAACAUUUUGUGCACAAACUAAUACUGUCUUAUUUAUAUGUUUUCAUGUGAACAAGUGCCAAAAGUUUGUAUUAUAAAUGGUAUCAUUAUUUUAUUGUAUUUUGUGAAUUAAGUGAUAAGGCCUGGAAAAUGUGAAGUAUUGCAGAAGAAUGAGAUGUCCCACUGUAGAACAAUAACGGAAUUUUUGUUUUCAAAAAUUCAUGCAUGCACCUAACUGAUAGCCCCUCAAUUUACAAACUUCUUAAAAUAGGGAAAAGAUGAAACAUAUACUAAUAAACUUGAAACUCUUUUUCGCCAUUGUUUCCCUACCAGAGACCGAACUGGGUCAAUCAUCCUUUCUGGUCUCAACUGAAUAAUAUUUUUUGUGAGAAAAUUAGGAGAUUAAGAAUUAAAAAAGCUUUGGAAAGUGUGCAGUUUCUUAGUAAUGGAACACGUUUGUAAUAUAAUCCAUAUCUGCUUUAGUUUUGUGAUUGUAUUUCCCAUCAAUUUCUGAUUAGGUUGUGUAUGAAUAUCAGUGUAUGUCAGCAUAUUUUGCCACAUGUUUAUGAGUAGCAGUAUCAAUAUUGACACUGUAUUGAGCCUUGGUUCUGGGUUUAUUCCCCCUCCCAGUUUACUAAAAAUUUUAAUCCAUUACACAAAACAUUACAAGGAUAGUUGGAGGAUUUUUGUUCAUGUGCAUGUCAUAACUUAUUUCUCAAUGAUGUGAUAGCAGUAUUGAGAGUCUUUAUAAUUUCUUUUUGUACUGUAAAUUAAAGAAGAAAUGAAAAACCUUUCCCAAGUAUGGUUGCAGAAGGUUAUCUAGCAUCACUGCACUGGUGGGCUAAAGAAGUAAUUGUGUUUGCUACCUCCUGCUAUUCUGCUUUUUUAUUAUGUAUGUAUUUAUUAUUUUUUUUAAUUGUUACACAUCUGAAAGUGAACAUAGGGAUAGGUUUAUUGUAUGUUUUGUGUAUGUUUUGUAUGUUUUUUCUUAGAGCUGGCAACACCAGAAUUGCCACCAGAAAAUGUGCCUGUUGGUUAGUCUUUCUCUGUACAGUGUAUGUGACAUCAAUGUAUCCUUGUACUGUAAAUUGAGCUUAUAUCUGUCAUUGUCAUUUCUUCUUCUUCUACUCCUUCUUCUAUCACUAUGUAUGCUUUAUACAUAGUUGUUUUGUUGUGAACACUUAUGUUAUGAACAUAUUCUGCAUCACCCAUGUGUUUUGGAGUUCAUAUCUUUAGAUAUGCUAAUAUAUAUUGCAGAUAUGUUGCACCAUUAAAGGUACAAAACUUUUAUUAAAACCCUAAGAAAAACUUGUGAACACUCGUGAACAGUAGCAUUUAUUUAAAGUUAAGCUAACAAAGUGUAGAGAAAUGUUGUUCUACAGAGUCACUGACAGCUGAGUCUCUCACAAAUUGAAAUUUUGGCUGAUGAUUG